CGGGCAGUUUUGCACCGCAGCAUAGUGAAAGCAACGACAUUUCCAACAGCAACAUUUCCUCUGCUUUCCCCCACCUAUUCCAGAGCCAUCACAAUGUGGAAACCUAACAGGCUUCUAUCAGCAGCGGCGGAUCUGCAAAAUGGUCGCUGUCUGAGCUGCCAAUUGCGCAAAGCGACGGCCUACCUCGACAGGCCUGCGCUGCGGUACUAUGCCAGCAGCAGCAGCAAAGCGCCAGCACCCACCAAGACACCAGGGCCCAGCACAAAGGUCAAAUCCACUCAACCCGUCUACUCGCCCACAGCCUCGAAAAUCCCAACGUCGACCGGAAAACCUGGCGACGACGACUUCGUGCCGCAGCCUCUUAGCCGACCCAUCGGAUCGACCGUGCCUCCGCAGGAGGGCAUGAACACGGGGGUUGACGAGCGAUCAUUCUGGCAACGACGCGAUGACUUUGUCAACUACGAGCGACACUUGGAACGUCGGAAAGAGCUGACCCGUCAAGUUGCCAAACCGUACUUCCGCGAAUGGUCCAACAUGCGCCACCACGAAGGCAAGACCUUCAUCUCGAACCUCCGGCUCUUCAAGCGCGACAAAGCCCUCUACUUCCCCAACAUGCGCGGCAUCACGCUGGCCUCGAAGCGGGCCCCGCGCGACACCACCCCGCUCUUUCGGGGCCGCAUCACCGUCGUCAGCAUCUUCUCAAGCCUGUGGGCCGAGCUCCAGACCCGAACAUUCACGCACCCGGACAAGAACCCGGGGCUGGGGGAGGCGUUCGCGGCGGCAACGGCGGGGGUCUCGCCGAACCAACAACCACAUACCGAUAUCGUGCAGAAGGUUGACAUUAACCUCGAGGAUAAUCUGCUCAAGCGCACCCUCGUCAAGAUGUUCAUGUGGCAGAUGCGCAAGAACCUCCCACCCACCCAGCAUGACCGGUACUUUUUGGUCAGCAAGGGCGUGGAUGAGGCACUGCGGGAGACGAUUGGAAUGAUGAACUCCAAGGUCGGGUAUGUGUAUCUGCUGGAUGAGAACUGUCGAAUCCGGUGGGCGGGCAGUGGUAAUGCUCAUCCGGAAGAGGUGGAGGCGCUGAACAAUGGCGUCCGGAAAUUGGUGCAGGAGCGGCGCAUCAGUGCGGAGAGUCAGACGCCGGCGGCGGAGUGGGCUAGCGAACAAAAGGGGGAGCAGGUGAAGAAGCCAAAGGUUGUGAUGCCAUGAUUUCCUCUUCGUGUCUGCGGUCAGACUGGCCAAUCAGAUUUAAAAAUUGAGCGCUGUUUUGUAUGUACAUAUUGAAGUAGCAUUGGGGGGUGUAUAGGUAGCGAUGUAAGAUAGA